AUCGACUUUCAUAACCUACAAUUGAUUGAGCGGCAUUUUUAAAAAUCCAAGAAAAUCCUUUCAGAAAUCAAAAACAUUAUUUAUUUAUUUAUAUUUUUAUAAGUAUUUUAUUAAUGUAAAAACUGAUUUACAGAUAUUUCGUUUGUCAUACCAAAACCAUUAUGUAUGAUGUCAGUGCGUACGCGUACCUUUUACGGCUUAUGUUUUUGAUUGUGUGAACGGUCUGACAAAUUGUAUCUGUUUAUUUUUUUUUAAUCUUUUUAACUUCACUUCUUAUGAAUAUUGCAUCUGAAUUAUUGAAGCAAUCAAAAUGUCUAUAACUCGUCAGAAGUCCUUGUCGUCAUCUAAAUUAUCUGUUUCAACAAAAUCACCAUCUCGAGCAGCUUCUGUAAGGCCACGAUUGAGUAGUGUGAUGUCACUUUUAGGUACAUAUCGAGGUAGUGUAGCAUUCAGGAUUGGUAAAAGUGGCUUCAAGGUACCGAGAUAUCAAAACACUUAUCAAAUGGAAUCAAGUAAUCCUUUCACUCAUGUAAUUGUUGAUAAAAUAUUAAAAGAUGUCAUGGAUACUUAUCUAACAAAUAUAAAAAAAUAUGGCCCAGCUGUUUGUUUAAAAAUCUGUCAAGACAUGGCAACAGAAAUAAGAAAGCAAAUUUUUAAGAAAGACUUUACACGUUACAAGUACAUUGUUUCGAUGUCCAUAAUUGAAAAAUUGCACCAAGGCGUUGAUAUUGCCCUAGGAUUUUUGUGGGAUACUCAAAGAGAUACUUACAGCCAAUAUGUUUUUGAAAAUGCACAAUUUUAUGCUAUUGGAAUCGUUGCUGGAGUUUACUACGAAUAAUAAAAUAACUUUAAUUAAUUUAUCUAUAUUUUCUAAUUAAAAAAGUGAAUAGAAAUUGCCAAUGUUGACAUUUUUGAA